AAAGAUAGUACUACUACUAAAUGGAAAGAACGAACUUCUUGCCCUGACCAGCAGCAGGGGCCGAGGCCUCACCAUUUCCAAAAACCCAGAAACGCCGUCGAUCGGAGCAAACCCUCCCGAACGAUGCAUCGGUGGUGCACGAAACUCCGUUCACUGUCCCUCCUUCAUUGCUCUACGCACAAACCAACCCUAAUUUCUCUCUCAUCAUCACCAUCUACCCAUCGUCUCCUCCACUCUUCUCCGCAGCUCCUUUACAGGCCCCUGGCAUCCACCUUAAUAUCCCCCAACCUUAAGCCCCUUUUCAACGCUUCCUCCGCCUCUCACCCUUCGUUGCUCAAUCAGGCUGUCUGCUCCCAUCCUCUUCCCCAUCUCUCUCUCAUUCAAGUGCGGCAUCGUACAAAGAAGGAGAAGAGGGAGAAAACAAAGAAGUUUAAGCCGUGGACACCAGUCACGUCCAAGUUGAAGAAAACCAAAAUGAAAUGUUAUUCAUCUUAUAAGGGGAGAUUUAGGGUAAUGAAUGAUGGCACAAUUAGGCGGUGGAAAGAGGGCAAGCGACACAAUGCACAUUUAAAGUCUAAGUCAGCAAAACGUAGACUCAGACUGCCUGGUAUUGUUCCUUUGGCUUAUGCAAAAGUCAUGAAGAAACUCAACUUCUGUGGUUAAACACUUUUUUUGUAUUCGCAGACUGAAAAUACAGAACGUGAUUCUGUAGCAAGAGGAUCAAAACCAGCAAUCUAUUUGGCUUGAGGCUAUGAAACUUUUAUGUUCUUUGUUAGAACUGCUUUGUUUGUAUUGGAAGAGUUUUAGAAGGAAUUGUCUGUUAGAUUCUUUGAAUGGGUUGAUUAGCUGGACAAAGUAUUAAUUUCAGCAAUUUAUGUUGAUUUGGAAAAUGAAAUCAACAUUUAAGUGCUAACUGUCUAAGGGCAUCAUAAUCUGCCUAUCUACUUGACAGUUUAUCCAAUUUCAGACUCGGGUUUCCUUUGAGAAAGAACAUGUUAAUAAUGCUAUAUAAAUGUCAAUUUGUAUCA